GAGUCGGGGCUUUGAGAGAAAGAAGAUAAUAAAAGCUGUCCCUUCGUAUUAUUUUAUUUUUAGGGAGAAGAAGCCCACACGGACUCUCUCUCUCUCCGGGGCUCGCCCUCCUCCAUCCUUUUUACCCUUCUUCUCUAUUUACCAACACAUAUCAAGUUAAAGAAAGAAAAGCAGGAGAUGCAACUUAUGCUUUAGAGAGAGAGAUUGUAGGGGUAGAGAAAAAUUGCAAGUGCUGGUAAAAGAAUCAAAGAGCUAAGUGUGUGUGAGAGAGAGAGAGAGAGAGAGAGAGAGAGAGGGUGGGAUGGUGGGCUCGGGGGCAGCAGCGAGUGACAGGAGCAAAGAAGCGGUUGGGAUGAUGGCCCUUCAUGAGGCCCUUAGGAACGUCUGUCUUAAUUCGGACUGGACUUACUCAGUCUUCUGGACCAUUCGCCCUCGCCCGUAUCUUCUCUUCUCCUCUUUUCUUUUCUUUUGUAUCGACCCUUUGGAUGGACUUGUUUUCUAUUUACUCUUUUUGUACUUUUUCUCUGGCUUUGGUUGCAGGAGGUCUAGAGGUGGAAAUGGCUGCAAGGUAGGCGAUGACAAUGGCAGCUUGAUGUUGAUGUGGGAAGAUGGGUAUUGCCGGACAAGGGUAGCAGAGUGCUUGGAAGAGAUGGAUGGUGAGGAUCCUGUCAGAAAGGCCUUCAGCAAGAUGUCCAUUCAGCUCUAUAACUAUGGAGAAGGGUUGAUGGGGAAGGUUGCUUCUGAUAAGUGUCAUAAAUGGGUUUUCAAAGAACCUUCUGAAUGUGAACCCAACAUCUCUAACUACUGGCAGAGCUCUUUUGAUGCUCUUCCUCCUGAGUGGACUGAUCAGUUUGCCUCUGGUAUCCAGACCAUAGCUGUGAUUCAAGCAGGCCAUGGCCUUCUGCAACUGGGUUCCUGCAAGAUUAUACCUGAAGACCUGCAUUUUGUGCUGAGAAUGAGACAUACUUUCGAAUCUCUUGGCUACCAAUCUGGUUUCUACCUCUCCCAGCUCUUCUCUUCAACAAGGACAACUUCCUCUCCUUCCUCUGCCCCUUCCAAACAAAUGGCUGCAGCAGGCCGCCCCCCUCCUCCCAUUUUCAACUGGAGUCAGAGGCCCCUCCCUUCCGCCGCCUCCGCCAAUUUCCACAACUCUGCACGAAUGGGGUUGCCGACAAAAGAUGACACCCACCUCUUUCUUCUCCCUCACUCAUCCGAUACCCAAAUGGAAGACAUGAUCACCACCGAUCAUGACCCUGAAUUAAAAUGGCCCAACGGUUUGUCCUUCUUUACUGCUCUGACAGGCCGGACAGAUGACGCCAAGCUCCUCUUUGGCACAGAGGGUGUAGGGAACAAACCAGCCCAACACUCAUUCAUCGUCGGAGGCAGCAAUGACGUGGCCGAUGAUUCCAAAGCUGCAUCCGGAUCUCUGAAUCUGCAUGGUCAUGCAAAUGGUAAUGACAGCAAGACUGGAAAUGCGAAUCCAAAUGACUAUUUGAGCUUGGAAAGCCAUUCAAACAGUGCAAGGAAGAUGGAGCACAAGUUCAAGAGGAGCUUCACAUUGCCUGCAAGGAUGGCGUCGUCCUCAUCGUCUUCUCCACAUCACCCUGUGGAGGACUAUAGGAGCUCAGAAGCUGGAAUAUACUCUGAUAUCAUGGAGACUUUCCUAGACUGAUUUGGAAAAUGGUAUGUUUGUUUUGGGAGAGGUGGUUGGUUGUAUAUAAAGAGAGAACGUGUUGUUGGCCUUUGUUUCCUUCUCCUGGUGUUGAAUUUUGUGAGAGAGUUGCUGCUCUUUAUCUAUCCAUUCAUCUAUCCAGCAUUUGGUUUGUUAA